ACACACACACACACACAGAGAUUGAGAGGUGACGUACGCCUUUUCCUUAUAGGACGUCCCUCUUCAAACUCCACCUGAUAGCUUGUGCGCUAGAAUUUUAGACAGACCUGCCGGUGUGCGUAUUUCAGCUAGUUUAUGGGAAUGAAUGUGUUCCUUUUCCCGUGGUAAUGCAGAAGAAAAAAAAUAUUUCUGUAAACAUUACAGACAUAGCGACGGAUCGACAAAGAUUAUUCAUAUUACUGGAUAAUUUACCCAAACGCCUGUAGAUACGGGGAAAGGAUUCCCAAAGACUCCCACUCUUUACAGAUCGUCUGUUCUGCUUGCCUGCUGUUGCACGGGUUCAGGAGACAGACGGGUCCUCCAUGGUGACGAAACUGCGGAUUCUGCACCACUACGGUACCUGCGGCUUGUUUACCAGUGUGCGCUGUGUGAAGUAUGCAGCAGUGAGAAUGUUGGGCGUGGCAUUUCUGGUGGUGGGCGUGGCCGGGGGUGUGGCCACGUCAGAGAAGCCCUGCACCGGCUCAGGCUGUUCCAACAAUGGCUCCAUGGACUACUGCUUCGGCGCGCGCAUCCGCAGCACGGUGCUGCAGGGCCUGCCCUUUGGGGGUGUGCCCACAGUGCUCGCCCUCGACUUCAUGUGCUUCCUGGGCCUGCUAUUCGUGUUCUCCAUCCUGAGGAAGGUGGCUUGGGACUACGGCCGACUGGCGCUGGUCACCGACGCCGACAGGCUGCGGAACAAUGGCCUGGAAGAACGGGAAUACAUGUGCUCUCAUGACUCUGCGGGCCAGCCAAAUGACUCCCAGGGCCAGGAUGCCCCUGUGGACAGUGUGGCCUCCGUACUUGAGACACCCGACCGCUAUGAGCGAUUGACAUCAGUCUCGAGCUCCGUCGACUACGACCUGAGAGAUAAUGGUUUCUGUGCCUGGCUGACGGCCAUAUUCCGCAUAAAGGAUGAGGAGAUCAGAGACAAAUGUGGUGAGGACGCGGUCCACUACCUGUCCUUCCAGCGCCAUAUCAUUGGGCUGCUGGUCGUGGUGGGCGUGCUGUCCGUGGGGAUUGUACUGCCCGUCAACUUCUCAGGAGACUUGCUGGAGAACAACGCAUACAGCUUUGGGAGGACGACCAUAGCCAACCUGAAAUCUGGGGACAAUCUGCUGUGGCUGCACACAACCUUCGCCUUCCUGUACCUGCUGCUCACGGUCUACAGCAUGAGGCGUCACACCUCCAAGAUGCAGUACAAAGAGGACGACCUGGUGAAGCGCACCUUGUUUAUUAACGGCAUCUCCAGAUACGCUGAGGAGACCGACCUUAAGCGGCACUUUGAGGACGCCUAUGACAGCUGCGCAGUGCUGGAGGCACGCAUCUGCUACAAUGUGGCCAAGCUCAUGUCCCUGAACUCGGACAGGAAGAAGGCUGAGCGAAGCAAGAAGUACUACUUGGAUCUGAAUAACCGAGCACAGAAACUCACCAUGAUCAACCCCAGGCCAUGCGGGCACCUCUGCUGCUGCGUGAUGGGGAGCUGCCAGCCGGUGGAAGCUGUGAGCUACUACACACAGCUAGAGGCCAAGCUGAAGGAAGAGUGCAAGAAUGAGAGGGAGAAGAUCAACACCAAGCCACUGGGCAUGGCCUUUGUCACCUUCCAGAACGAAUCCAUGACCGCCAGGAUUCUGAAAGACUUUAAUGCCUGUCAGUGUCAGGGCUGCAUCUGCCGGGAGCCCAAAACCUCCUCCUUCAGCGAGGGCUUGCACAUCACCAACUGGACCGUAACCUACGCACCCGACCCACAGAACGUCUACUGGGAGCACUUAUCCCUGGGUGGCUUCUCCUGGUGGCUGCGCUGCUUGGUCAUCAACUGUAUCCUAUUCCUCCUGCUCUUCUUCCUCACCACCCCGGCCAUCAUCAUCUCCACCAUGGACAAGUUCAACGUCACCAAGCCUGUGGAGUACCUUAAUACUCCCAUCAUUACGCAGUUCUUCCCCACCCUCCUGCUGUGGUCGUUCUCCGCACUGCUCCCCACUAUUGUCUACUACUCUGCCUUCUUUGAGGCCCACUGGACCAGGUCAGGGGAGAACAGGACUACCAUGCACAAGUGCUACACAUUCCUGAUCGUCAUGGUCCUACUGCUGCCCUCUCUGGGUCUUACCAGUCUUGACUAUUUUUUCCGGUGGCUGUUUGACAAGAAUUUGGUGGAGGAUGGUAAAGUCAGACUGGAGUGCGUCUUCCUCCCGGACAACGGGGCCUUCUUCGUGAACUACGUGAUCGCUUCGGCCUUCAUCGGGAACGCCAUGGAUCUGUUACGCAUCCCAGGUCUGCUUAUGUACAUGAUCCGUCUGUGCCUGGCCAGCUCGGCGGCCGAGAGACGCAACGUCAAGAGGCACCAAGCUUACGAGUUCCAGUUCGGGGCGGCCUACGCCUGGAUGAUGUGCAUCUUCACUGUGGUCAUGACCUACAGCAUCACCUGCCCCAUCAUCGUCCCCUUCGGUCUGAUGUACAUGCUUCUGAAGCACCUGGUGGACAGAUACAACAUGUACUAUGCCUACCUGCCCUCUAAGCUGGACAAGAAGAUCCAUUCCGGCGCGGUCAAUCAGGUGGUGGCCGCGCCCAUCCUCUGCCUCUUCUGGCUGCUCUUCUUCUCCACCGUGCGCACAGGCCCCGCAGCGCCCACAACUGUGGUCACCAUGAUCGUCUUGGUCUCCACCAUCAUCGUGUGCCUCUCCCACGUCUGCUUCGGACACUUCAAGUACCUCAGCGCUCACAACUACAAGAUCGCCGUCACUGAGGAGGUGGACGGGGUGGAAAAUGGCCAGGUGGAGCCAACCUCACCUACAAGCAAGACUGCAAUGUACAUCGCCCAGGUACUACAGGACCCCAACUCGGACGAGGCCGGUGCAGGCAGCGAGGAAGACGAUGGCCAGGGGUCCUCGCAAGACGAAGAAAUGUUAAAUGCUGCAGAUAGCCUCAAUGAUGGGGAGUUUCCAUCUGGAGAGGACAGCCUCAUAGCCAAUGAGGUUUGCCAGUAGCACCUGCCAGGGGUGAGGGAGGAGAAAACAAGCGAAUGAUUGACUCACAUGGGACAGGAAGGAGGCGGGGGCCACACAGAACUGCGAAUAAAUAAGCCCCGCAUCUUAUAGUGUCCAGGACCCCCUUUGCUUCAGGUUCUGCCCACCUCUGCGCAGUCCGUCUGCGCCAGCUGCCUGGCAUGCUCAGUAAGGACGAAGGGCCUCCCCUCCGAGCGACCCCCGCCCCUGUGACACUCGGCCAAUGGACUGCCGAGGAUGCGGGCACCCUAUCGACGGGCAUCUGGUAUGGCGUGCAAAAUGGCCGUGUGCCAAGCCCACCAGGACGGCUGUGGCGG